AUGAAUACGAUUGAGAGUCUCUAUGGAGAUGUUCUUGGAACUGUCGAAAAAGAUCUUACCCAAGCGAUGAGCUUUGCUGCGGCUCAUAUUGCAGCGGAGGAUGAUGAUGAGGUGCCGGCAUAUACGGAGAACGACGUGAAGCAGAUCACAGCCAAACUCGCAAGAACACACGUAAUUUCCAUUCUAAAGAGUCAGUUGGUUAGAGACAAUUGGAUCAAAGCGUUCACCCCUCCAGAACUGGGGAUAAGUCCUGACCAAGAUGCCGACAUCGCAAAUGAAGCUACGCAUGUCUAUCUCAAGCGUAUGUCAGAUCUUUCAAGGAUUCACAUGGAUAGAACAAUUCUCGGGAGCAAGGCGACGGUUGUUUGGGAUGAUUACGGAGCCAGGAUGAUAGUUCUGACCGGGGGUCUUUGGCAGCCGAACAGAAGUCGUCAUGAUCAGGAUCAUAUCGAUCACGAUGUGGCUGAUGCUCCGCCUGAGCUAGUACUGGAAGACACAGCAAGGCAGUCUUGGGCCGCUAUGAAUAAUCAUGGGACAGUUGUGCUUGAAGAUGCCAACGGCGCACUGUUCAAUUUUGAUUUUGAUUGGAGGCACGAUAUAUUCUUGCUCUCGUUCCCGUCGGAAUCACUCCCCUCGUCGUCGUCAGGACCGAAAUCGCAGUACAAGCGGAUCGCCAACCCGUCGCAGGUGCUGGCGCAUUUGCAAAACCAGAAGAAGGCCAAGUUGGCGGCGUUGCCGGAGGAUAAGAGGAAGGAGGCGGAGGAGAGGAAGAGGUGGGCGAAAUCGGAGGAGAGGGCUAGUGGGGGAAAGGAUGCGGACCGGGAGAAGGCUUUGAAGAAUGCCGUCAAGAGGAAGGAGAAAGGCAAGGCGAAGAGCGGGAAGGAAUGGUCUGAGCGUAAGAGAGAACUCCAAAAAUCAUCCGAAAUCGCCAUCAAGAAGCGAAACGACAAUCUUUCCAAACGUCUUGAGGAUAAACGCAACAAGCGGGCUGAUGGAUCUGCCGACAAGAAGAAGGGAGGGAGUGGGGGGAAGAAGGGGGGGAGUGGGGGAGGGAAGGGGGGAGAGUGGUGGUGGAGGAGGGAAGGGGAAGGGGGGGAGACCUGGGUUUGA